AUGCCCUCCACAACAUCCCCGCCACCAUCAAACACCUCCUCUCCCUCCUCGCCCAACACCCUCACGCCCGAAACCCUCGAAAGCGACCUCCUCACACACCUCGCCUCCACCACCGCCCUCGAAGACCUCCACGCAACGCUCCUCUCCUCCCUCCAACGCCUCGGCUGGACCGAAAAGAUCCGAAAACUCUCCCUCGAGCUCCUCCGCGCCGGCCGCUGUGAGCGCUUCGACGACGUCGUCGAGGCAGUCGUCGCCUCCGCCGCGGGGAUAAAGCCGCCCUCGGCAGCGUCGCAGAACGGGAAUGGAAACAGCAAUAACAGCGAGGACGACUGGGCCGAGCUAGACGAGGUGGACGUGCGGAUUCCCAAGGCGGUGGUGGAGCAGGGGGUGCGGGCCAUCAAGGAGGUGUUGAGGGAGGUGAUUGUGAUAGAGGAUGAUCCGGACUUGAACGCCUUGCAUCAGAGCGAGCAUGUGUCGGAGAGCAAGGGGAGCUUAGAGGCCGAGGGGGAGAAGGAGAAAGCCAAGAUCUCCAAGGCCGGGGAGUCGUCGGUAAAGAAUGGUGAUACAAGUCCCACCAAGAAGACGGAGAAGAAGCCCAAAACGGGGAAACAGGUCAAAUGA